UUGUGCUUACCGACAAGAGGUAUCCGCGGGUUACAAUAUUUCAAUUUUGUUAAUUUAAAAUCCAUUGUUUAUUUUGUUAUAUUGUGUUGUGAAUAUAAAUAGUAAAAGUAGAAUAGGAUAUUAAACUAUCUUUAUAAGCGUGAACUUUGAAAAGUCAUCCGAAUUUCACCUAAACUCGUCGUGAAUUCGGGCGUCGACGACCGGUCCCUAUCCCUCCUACCGUAACCGUCGCUGUUCUGUCAGCCGCAAUAUCGUCAUUUUGUACGUAUCAUCGCCGUGCGCGGACACGGCAAACGCGUGGUAAAAGCAAUCAGAGGUGAUACUUUGAAACUAAGUGUUGUGAGGUGUAGUGCCGGUCGCUCUGACCGUUUAAUGUGGUAUCCAGUGCCGGUAUUAGGUUAUCGUAAGUCGGGCCGCGCGGCGUGAUUGGGCGGCGCGAUGGUGGACAUGGAUAGGAACGACCCGGAACUCCGGUACCUGUCGGUAGAUAGGAACAGCUUCAACGACCCGGCUACUCAAGCGGAAUGGACCCAGAAGCGGUUGGUGUGGGUUCCCCACGAGACCCAGGGGUUUGUGGCAGCGGGUAUCAAGGUGGAUAGGGGAGAUGAAGUGGAGGUUGAGAUAGCAGAGUCAGGAAAGCGCAUGAUGGUCGCAAUAGAUGAUAUCCAAAAGAUGAAUCCGCCCAAGUUUGAUAAAGUGGAAGACAUGGCAGAGCUCACUUGUCUGAAUGAAGCAUCUGUGCUGCACAACAUCAAGGACAGAUACUACUCUGGGCUCAUUUAUACAUACUCCGGCCUCUUCUGCGUGGUGGUCAACCCUUACAAGAAGUUGCCCAUCUACACCGAAAAGAUCAUGGAGAGGUAUAAAGGGAUCAAGAGGCACGAGGUCCCGCCACACGUCUUCGCCAUCACAGACACUGCCUACCGCUCCAUGUUGCAAGACCGCGAAGACCAGUCGAUCCUCUGCACAGGAGAGUCGGGAGCUGGUAAGACAGAGAACACGAAGAAGGUGAUACAGUACUUGGCUUACGUCGCCGCCUCCAAACCUAAAGGAUCCGGAGCGGGGCCGUCGCCGCAGUUGAUUAUAGGUGAAUUGGAACAACAGUUGCUUCAAGCGAACCCUAUCUUGGAAGCGUUUGGCAACGCGAAGACUGUCAAAAACGACAAUUCGUCCAGAUUCGGUAAAUUCAUAAGAAUAAACUUCGACGCGUCAGGUUUCAUAGCCGGCGCGAACAUAGAAACGUACUUACUAGAGAAAUCCAGGGCGAUACGGCAAGCGAAAGACGAACGGACAUUCCACAUCUUCUACCAACUGCUAGCGGGCGCGACGCCUCAGCAGAGAGCCGAGUACAUUCUAGAAGAUCCCAAAAGUUACCCGUUCUUGUCAAACGCCCUGUUGCCGGUACCAGGAAUUGAUGACCCGGCGGAGUUCCAGGCCACGAUUAAGUCUAUGAAUAUAAUGGGCAUGAACAAUGAAGAUUUUAAUUCUAUAUUCAGAAUAGUGUCGGCGGUUCUUCUCUUUGGCUCUAUGCAGUUCAAGCAGGAGAGGAACUCUGAUCAGGCCACGUUGCCUGAUAACACUGUAGCGCAGAAAAUUGCACAUUUGUUGGGACUUUCGGUAACAGAAAUGACGAAAGCCUUCCUCAAACCUAGAAUCAAAGUGGGUCGCGAUUUCGUCACGAAAGCACAGACUAAAGAGCAAGUGGAGUUCUCAGUGGAAGCCAUUGGCAAAGCGUGUUACGAAAGAUUGUUCAGAUGGCUCGUAAACAGGAUCAACAGAUCCUUGGACAGAACGAAGAGACAAGGGGCCUCCUUCAUCGGCAUUCUCGAUAUGGCUGGCUUUGAAAUCUUCGAACUGAACUCCUUCGAACAGUUGUGCAUCAAUUACACCAACGAGAAACUACAGCAACUCUUCAACCACACCAUGUUCAUCCUUGAGCAAGAAGAGUACCAGCGCGAGGGUAUCGAGUGGAAAUUCAUAGAUUUCGGCCUGGAUCUCCAACCGACAAUAGACCUGAUCGACAAACCUAUGGGCAUCAUGGCGUUGCUCGACGAGGAGUGUUGGUUCCCCAAAGCUACUGACAAGACCUUCGUUGAAAAGUUAGUGUCUGCCCACUCUGUCCACCCGAAAUUCAUGAAGACAGAUUUCAGAGGGGUCGCAGACUUCGCUAUAAUCCACUACGCUGGCAAAGUCGAUUAUUCAGCUGAGAAAUGGCUGAUGAAGAACAUGGAUCCCUUGAACGAGAAUGUGGUGUCUCUGCUCCAGGCGUCACAGGAUCCAUUCGUUUGCCACAUAUGGAAAGACGCCGAGAUCGUCGGCAUGGCUCAACAGGCGAUGACCGACACUCAAUUCGGUGCCAGGACAAGGAAAGGCAUGUUCAGAACUGUCUCCCAACUGUACAAAGAACAGUUGACCAAGUUAAUGGCGACACUGAGGAAUACGAAUCCCAAUUUCGUCAGAUGUAUCAUUCCUAAUCACGAAAAGAAAGCUGGUAAGAUCGAGGCGCCAUUAGUCUUGGACCAGUUGAGAUGUAAUGGUGUGCUGGAAGGUAUAAGGAUAUGCAGACAAGGGUUCCCCAACAGGAUUCCGUUCCAGGAGUUCAGGCAGAGAUACGAGCUGCUGACUCCGAAUAUAAUUCCUAAAGGGUUCAUGGAUGGCAAGAAAGCUUGUGAACAGAUGAUUGAGGCGUUGGAGCUCGAUCAUAACUUGUACCGUGUUGGGCAGUCGAAGAUCUUCUUCAGAGCGGGAGUCUUGGCUCACCUGGAAGAGGAGAGGGAUUACAAGAUUACCGACCUGAUAGUGAACUUCCAGGCGUUCUGCCGAGGGUUCCUGGCCAGGAGGAACUACCAGAAGAGGCUGCAGCAGCUGAACGCGAUCAGGAUCAUACAGAGGAACUGCGCUGCUUAUCUGAAGUUGAGGAAUUGGCAGUGGUGGAGGUUAUACAUCAAGGUGAAACCCCUUCUAGAAGUUACGAAGCAAGAAGAGAAGUUAACGCAGAAGGAGGACGAGCUCCGUCAGAUCAGGGACAAGCUGGAGACUCAGAUGAAGCAGUGCAAGGAGUACGAGCAGAAAUACCAGCAGGUCAACGCUGAGAAGACGCAGUUGGCUGAGCAGUUGCAGGCAGAAUUGGAGCUGUGCGCUGAAGCAGAAGAAUCGCGGGCACGCGCCGCGGCUCGGAAGCAAGAGCUGGAGGAACUCCUCCACGACCUGGAGGGCAGGAUAGAGGAAGAAGAGGAGCGCUGCAACGGCCUGCAGCUGGAGAAGAAGCGGCUGCAGCUCAAUAUACAGGACCUGGAAGAACAGCUGGAAGAAGAAGAAGCUGCCCGCCAGAAGUUGCAGCUCGAGCGUGUCCAGUGCGACGCCAAGCUGAAGAAGCUGGAGGAGGACCUGGCCCUCAGCGAUGACACCAAUCAAAAGCUGCUGAAGGAGAAGAAGUUACUGGAAGAGCGCGCCAACGACUUGUCCCAAGCGUUGGCUGAGGAAGAAGAGAAAGCGAAGCAUUUGAGCAAACUCAAGGCCAAGCAGGAGUCGGCCAUUGCUGAGCUGGAAGAGAAAUUACUCAAGGACCACCAGCUGCGUCAGGAAGUAGACCGCGCCAAAAGAAAGCUGGAGACUGAGCUGCAAGACGUAAAAGAACAACUAGUGGAGAGGAAGGCUCAGUUGGAAGAGUUGCAGAUUGUGCUUACAAAACGCGAAGAAGAACUCGCUCUGGCCCAGAGCCGCCUCGACGAAGAAGGUGCCUUACGGGCCGCCGCUCAGAAGGCGGCGCGGGAGGCCGAGUCUGCGCUAGCUGAUGCUCACGAGGACCUGGAGGUGGAGCGCCUGGCGCGGACCAAGGCGGAGAAGCUGCGGAGGGACCUCAACGAGGAGCUGGAGGCGCUCAAGUCCGAGCUGCUGGACUCGCUCGACACUACCGCUGCUCAACAAGAACUCCGUUCGAAACGCGAGCAAGAAGUGGCUGUGCUCAAACGGAGCCUGGAAGAGGAGGCGGCCUCGCACGAGGCCAGCCUCGCGGACCAGAGGCACAAGCACUCCCAGGAGCUGCAGCAGCUCACCGAGCAGCAUGAACAGAUCAAGAAGACUAAAGCUGCACUUGAGAAAGCCAAGGCAACUUUGGAAGCGGAGAAUGCGGAUCUGGCCACAGAACUCAAGUCGUGCAGCGCCGCCCGGGCGGAGACGGAGCGGAGGCGGAAACACGCCGAAGCCACCUUGGCCGAGUUGGCCGCAAAGCUGCAGGAGGUCGAGAGAGCCAAGAGCGAGGUGCAGGAGAAGUGCUCGCGGCUGCAAUCCGAGGCGGAGCAGGCGCUGGCGCAGCUGGAGCAGGCGGAGCUGCGCGCGGCCGCGGCGGGCAAGCAGGCGGCCGCGGGCGCCGCGCACCGCGCCGAGCUGCAGGCGCGGCUGGACGACGAGACGCGCCUCAAGCUGGCGCUGCAGACGCGGCUGCGCGCGCUCGAGCAGCAGCUGGAGCACGCGCGCGAGCAGCUGGACGACGAGGAGGAGGCCAAGCGCAACCUGGACAAGCAGGUGGCAGCACUCACGCAGCAACUCGCCGACGCGAAGAAGAAGGCAGAAGAAGAAGCAGAAGUUGCCGCCGCGCUGGAGGAACAGAGGAAGAAGCUCAGCAAAGACAUGGAGGCGCUGUACAGGCAGAUCGAGGAGUUGCAGCAGAACAAUGACAAAUUGGACAAGAGCAAGAAGAAGAUUCAAGCGGAAUUGGAAGACACAAACAUCGAACUCGAAGCGCAGAGAAGCAAAGUGCUCGAGUUGGAGAAGAAGCAGAAGAGUUUCGAUAAGGUGGUAGCGGAGGAGCGCGCGGUGGCGGAGCGCUACGCGGCGGAGCGCGACGCCGCCGAGCGCGACGCCCGCGACAAGGAGACCAGGGUGCUGUCGCUCACCAGGGAGCUGGACGACGCCGCUGAGAAGAUCGAGGAACUGGAGCGUUCCAAACGCCUCUUACAAUCCGAACUGGACGAGCUCGCCAACACCCAAGGCACGGCCGACAAGAACGUGCACGAGCUGGAGAAGGCCAAGCGCGCCCUGGAGUCGCAGCUGGCCGAGCUGAAGGCCCAGAACGAGGAGAUCGAGGAUGAUCUCCAGCUGACAGAAGACGCGAAAUUGCGAUUGGAAGUCAACAUGCAAGCGAUGAGGGCGCAGUUUGAACGCGAUCUGCAGGCUAAAGAAGAACAAGGCGAGGAGAAGAGGCGGGGCAUCGUCAAACAACUCCGCGACCUCGAGGCGGAACUCGAGGAGGAGAGGAAGCAGCGAGCCGCUGCGUUGGCGCAACGCAAGAAGUUAGAGGCGGAUUUGAAAGACAAUGAACAAGCCUUGCAUUUGGCUAACAAGGUCAAAGAGGACGCAGUGAAACAGAGCAAGAAGCUGGCUCAGCAAUUGAAAGAAGCAGCUCGCGAAGCUGACGAAGCCAGGGCUCAGAGGGAGGAGGCCGCCGCCGCUCACCGGGACAGCGACCGCCGGGUCAAGGCGUUAGAAGCGGAAGCGCUGCAGCACGCCGAGGAGCUGGCGGCGGCGGAGCGCGCGCGGCGCCAGGCGGAGGCCGAGCGCGACGACCUGCUGGACGAGCUCACCAACACCGCCGCCAAGACCACUCUUCUUGUGGACGAGAAGAAGCGGUUAGAAGCGAGGAUAUCGGCUCUCGAGGAAGACCUGGAUGAGGAGCAGUCCAACACGGAGAUCCUCAACGACAGGUUACGCAAGGCACAGAACCAAAUCGACCAGCUCACCAUGGAGUUGGGCACGGAGAAGUCCGCCACUCAGAAGCUGGAGAGCGGCAAGCUCGUGCUGGAGAGGCAGAACAAGGAGCUGAAGGCCAAACUCGCCGAGCUGGAGGCCUCGGCGCGCACCAAAACUAAGGGCGUCAUAACAUCGCUGGAACUGAAAGUGACCAACCUUGAGGAACAAUUAGAAGUGGAGUCCCGCGAGAGGCUCGCCCAACAGAAGGCGUCCAGGAAACUGGACAAGAAGAUGAAGGAACUGGCGCUCCAGCUGGACGAGGAGAGGAGAAAUGCUGAUCAGUACAAGGAGCAGAUCGAGAAGAUGAACGGGCGCGUGAAAGCUCUGAAGCGGCAGCUGGACGAGACGGAGGAGGAGGUGCAGCGGGAGAAGGUGUCCAAGAGGAAGGCGCAGCGCGAGCUGGAGGACAUGCUGGAGGCGCACGAGACCAUCACCAGGGAGUGCAACAAUUUGCGCAAUAAGCUGAGACGACAAGGCGGCCCGAUCGGCCUCUCCGGCACGUCGUCCGCGGCGCGCAUGAAGCGCACGUCGCUGGCGCCGGGCGGCGGCUCCGGCGACGAGUCCUUCGACGACGUCAACGACACCGCCAACAGCGUCGAGUGACCGCUCCGACGAUCGGCGGCGGGUGGGCAAACUUUUUGAUAAUUAUAAAAUUGAAACUUUUUUUUUCUUUCCAGCCAGUUGUUUGUGGGAUUCCUAAAUUGAAUAUAGAAUUUGUGUUUUGCGACUGUCACUUUUUUUUUUUGGUUUCAGAGGUUUUGUAUUGUAGUUUAAAAAGGAAAAUAAUGGAAUACCAAUGUUAACCGUUCUUUCGAUUUAUAAACAGUUUUUAUAGCAUUGUUGUAUUAUUUUCAGACUGUUUUGUAAUGUUGUAUGUCAUGUGUAGAAUACCAUCAAUUAUUGCUUUCAAUAAAUUGUUAUUAUGAUUAUUUUUUUAAUUUUAUUGAUAACGAAAUUGUAAACUUGUUGUUUAAUGUUUCUCCUUAUACGAUUUCUUUAAACCCUAAUUGUUAAAUAUCCGUUCAGUUCUACAAAUAAAUUUAAUUUGUAAUAAUCAUUUCAACCUAAUUUUGUAUUAUAAUCAUGGAACCUUUGUUUACUAUGUAUUAUAACGAUCCUCGAAUUUAAAAAAUCCUACACUGUUAGUUUAAAAGAUCAAAUCCACAAAGUUUUGUCCUAUUUUAUAAAAAAUAUAAAAUGUUUGCCCACUCGUAACGGUCAAGGCUCAAUAUUGUUAUUGCACAUAAAUUGGUUAUUACUUUGGCUUUCGACUUAAUCGUGUAGUAUAGCUCCAUUUUUUCAUGUAAUCGCCAUUAGGCAGAUAUUUGCAGUCUUAGUUUUCUUUUCGUUAUACAAACUCUAUGGUUAUAGCUUCAUUAGUAAACUUGUUGCUCAACUUUUUAUACAAUUGAGUCGGCAUGCUGUUUAAAAUUUGAAUAUCACGCAGCCUGAUUGGUUGCUUAGUGAAUGUGCGGAAUAAUCGACCAAUAAGAUUACAUACACAAUGAAUGCGGAGUUGUGAUUGGUUCACAUAUGAUUUUAAACACGCAUACUUUUUUUUAAUUUUACUCUUGCACUUUCAAUUUUGGAAGACGAUAAUUCAGCCAGUAAUAAGAAUUUAGUUAACAAAAUUUAAAUAAAAUAAAGCGCCUUUUUUUCGGAUUUCAAUAAAUUUUACAUACUUUACCAAAAGUAACUAGCUAGUUUGUAUAAUUUUUUACUGUUUACUAGAGAACGUGUAAUAUUAAUUCAUUGAUCAAACGAAGACUGUAGAUAGCUGUGACACAGGCGGAUCAAUAAGCCGGCUUUCGUACUCCAUAUUUUGUAUUUGUAUUUACACCCCUUUUUAAAGACGGGUGCUGAAACUUUUCCGAUGCAUUUAACAGUCUGUGAAUCUCUAUACAAUCGGACACAGUAUUAAUAUUACGAAACAUUCCUGUCAUGCGAGAUUUUACGAUUUUGCCUAGACAUAGUCUAAAGUGAAAUGAUAAAUUACUCAUUUGGUGAUAUUGUAAUAGAAUAAGAGGUACAUGCUCUUUUGGUGACCAUCGUUAGAAGACUGAUUCAAUAUUCAGGGGCUCUACGCUUCUGGAACCUGCUGAUAACAUUGGUCUGAGGAUAACCCUUAAAAAAUGGCGGAAAUUUUAUGAGUCGGGUUCCCGUAAAAUGGUCCUUCGUAAAAUCUGUUAAAAGUUUAAUUUCACACAAUCUCGGCCAGUCAAAAAUCAUACUACGCUGAGUGUUUACUAGGUGUAACGCUUAUAACGAUAAUAACUUGUAUUGGCCUCCAGGGAGCUCGGAACUUUUUGGUGUUUAAAUAAAAUCAGUCUUAAUCAGCCUCCUUACGAUAGUAACCAAAAUCUGCUACUAUUUCUUGAAAUAUAAGUAAAUUUUUAUAAUAACGAGUAUUAUCAUGUGGCAAAAGUACCUAAUUUGUAUUGGAUUACUCGACUGAUUCUAGAAGACGAUUUUUGCUAUAACAUUAUAUCCGUAUACAACUACUCGCCGAUUAUGAGCUUUUUCAUUUGCCUGGAUUAUUCAGAUAAGGUUGGUUAUUUAUAAAUUUUUUAUCGUAUCAUAUAGCUAGGUGAUAUAUUUUUACACCUUUUUUUUUAAAUAAAAUAAAUCAAUGUCUCGCUUUGUUAAAACUAGCGAAAGACAUAAUAAGGCAAAUUAUGACUUUCUCAAUACUAUUGGUAUUUUGCCUAUACACAGUUAUGAUUAUGUUCAAUUCACAUACAAUACGAGAUAUAGUGGAAAACCAAUCUUAAAUGAUUGUAAAUAAGCAUGAAAAUGUCGUCACUUUACAAAUUCCAUUUGUCAAAUUAAUAUUUCCCAAUCUUCAGUUUCCAAAAGCCGCUAUACUUGGCGUACAUUCUAUUUCUUCUAAGCGUUACGAGCAGACUGGUCUAGUCGCUCGGCCGAGCCACGCAUUACAAUGUAAAUAUAUCAGUGAUUAUCACUGAGCGCUUAGUUGCCAUACAAAUUUUAAUGAUAGUUAAGUAAGAACACGCUUUCUUUACAAGAGUAGUGUCGGGUUUUGAAAUUUCACGUUUUCCCUCCAUGUUUACGAAUGUUUAGACUUACUCAGGGCUGUUACAAGUACCUACUGACCUUAAUUGGAACGUAAUGCAAUCAAUAUCUAUGUGAGGGUGUGCCCUUUCAAGUCGUAAACAUAUCUAACUGUCAGUACAAAUUUUCCGUAGCCCCGGAACGCCGACACGCCUCUUUAUCUAUUUUAUCUAAUCAGUUUUGUUUCCUCCAGUUAAUAUCAUCGCUAAUGUAAAUACACAGACUGCGGCGAAUGUAAAUUUACACACGAAAUGGUAUUAUUUGUGUUGCCAAACGGUUGCGUUAGAAUUCGGCUUGUUUAGGCUGGAUUUGGCUGGAAUGUGCUAGAGAAAUGUGCGCGGGUAAAGGAAGAUAACCUCUUUUGUAACGCUUUGCACAUUUAUUUAGCGUGCACAGUGUGUAGCCGGCCUAAUUAGGGUUAGGUAAGAUGUAGUAAUAAAUUGUGGCCUUAGUUUUUAUUAUGGACUAUACGUAAAACGAACGCUGUCGUCGACAGACCACAUCCCAUACUAUGUUAUUCUUCACGCAUUUUGUACUACUAUAUACUGAAGUCUUUUAAUUGUAAUGACCCUUUUUUAAUUAUAUAGUUUUUCUGAAUAAUAAUAUAAAAUUAAAUGUAAGUAAACGAUUGAAAGCAUAAACAUAUUUUACAUAUUAUAUUUAAUUAUUAACAAUAUUGAUAAUUGUAAAAUUGGCGAUAGGUUGUAACAAGUCAUCAGUUGGUAUGCCAAUUAAACAAUUUUUCAUGAUUUUUAAUA